AACCAGGAGUGUCACGUGUACCUGAGGCGAUCUCAGCAGCAGCAAGUACCUGUGGUGGAUUUCCAGGCAGAACUGAGACAGGCAUUCUUAGCUGAGACACCAAGAGGUGGUUAAAGCAGUAUUGGAACACCAAGGUCUUAAGGAUCCUGAAACUUUCCUGUGGACAUUGAAUUUGGUGGAACAGCAAUCAUGACUGUGGGAAAGAGUAGCAAGAUGCUGCAGCACAUUGACUAUAGGAUGAGAUGUAUCCUGCAAGAUGGUCGUAUCUUCAUUGGCACCUUUAAGGCUUUUGACAAGCAUAUGAACUUGAUCCUCUGUGAUUGUGAUGAGUUCAGGAAGAUCAAGCCAAAGAAUGCUAAGCAGCCAGAGCGUGAAGAAAAGCGAGUUUUGGGUCUGGUGUUGUUGCGUGGGGAGAACUUGGUUUCCAUGACUGUGGAGGGACCACCCCCCAAAGAUACUGGCAUUGCUCGGGUACCACUUGCUGGAGCUGCAGGGGGCCCUGGGGUUGGCAGGGCAGCUGGGAGAGGCGUUCCAGCUGGUGUUCCAAUUCCCCAGGCUCCUGCUGGAUUAGCAGGCCCUGUCCGAGGGGUUGGGGGGCCAUCUCAACAGGUAAUGACCCCACAGGGAAGAGGCACUGUAGCAGCUGCUGCAGUUGCUGCUACUGCCAGCAUUGCUGGAGCUCCAACUCAGUAUCCACCAGGACGGGGGACUGCACCUACACCUGUUGGUCGAGCAACCCCACCUCCAGGAAUUAUGGCUCCUCCACCUGGUAUGAGACCACCCAUGGGCCCACCAAUUGGGCUUCCUCCUACUCGUGGGACGCCAAUAGGCAUGCCCCCUCCAGGAAUGAGACCCCCUCCACCAGGGAUAAGAGGUCCACCUCCCCCAGGAAUGCGUCCACCAAGACCCUAGGAUACUGUUGAUCCUUCUUAGUCACUUUUUGUCCUGCAAUGCAGCUUGUGAAAUGUGUGAAAUGUUUGUGAGCUUUUGUCCCCUCUGCUCCAUUAAUAUUAGCUAAUAAAUGCAUAGAGCAAUUAAA